GAUGCUGUCAUCAUUUCCAUGUAGUGAACACUACUGAUGCGUUCAACCGUUGAGACGCACUCGCCACAAAACCCUAGCCGGACCGCUGUUUUUUGCUUUCACGUUCCAUUUGCUAGAUUUUUCGUUUUCAACCUUGUUUUCAUUUAAUUUGAUUUUCCUUAAUUCUUCUGAUAAUUGUGUUUGUGUUAUGGUGAAGCCAGGCUUUGGUUUGUCCACAGGUUUCAUCUAACUGUGGAAACUGAUGUAUGUGAUUAGAGCCAUUUAAGCAUUGCGCGAAAAUCACUACUCUAAGCUUGGGUAUCAGUAAAGGUUUCAUUGCCUCUGGCCUCCCGUUCGACAACCCACAGUUCUUCCAUAUAUCCAGCUCUAACUGCAGGUUUUGAACAAACAAAUGUCGUCUCCACAUCCUAUUUUGGAUAGUAGACCAAUUGAUCAGUGGAAAGUCACAGAGCUAAGGGAAGAGCUUAAGAGGCGCAAGUUAACAACAAAAGGGUUGAAGGAUGAGUUGGUGAAGCGGUUGGAUGAAGCAAUUCGCAGUGAACAAGAAAGCACACAAGGAAAUACUGGUGUUAGCUCUGAGUCUGCACAUGAUCCUACAUUUGAAUCUGGACAAGAAGUGACUGAUUCAUUUGUUGCUGCCAAGGACAAGGAUGCUUGUAAUACGGUAGGUGACAAUCUGGGAAGUGAAGCGAGUAAAGUUGAAGUAGAUGGCAACAUAGUACCAUCUGUCUCUGCCCAUGACUCUUCUGUUGAGUCUGGACAAGAAAGGGCUAUUUGCUUUGAUGCUAGCAAGGAACAAGGCGCUAGCAUCACAUGUGAUUCAAUAGGUCAUAAAUUGGAAAGUGAAGAGUGUGAAGUUGCUGUUGGUGGAAACAUAGCACAAUCUACUUUUGCACUUGCAUCUACAAUUGAAUCUGGACCUGAAAGUAGUCAGUUACUUGAUGGUGACAAGGAGAAAGAUGCUUCUAUCAAUUGUGAUCCGGUAGAUGAUAAAAAUCAUAAAAUAGAAAAUGAAGGAUGUAAAAUUGAUGAUACUGACAAUAGAAUACCAUCUGAUGGUGGUAAUGGUUCUAUAGUCAAAUCUGGACAAGAAAUGGCCUAUGUAUGUGAUGCUAAUAUGGAGGAUGCUUCUGUUGCAUGUGAUCCAGUAAGUGAUAAAUUGGAAAGUGAAGUAUGCAAAGGUGAUUACAACAUAAUGCCAUCUGAGGGUGGUAACGAGUCUAUGGUUGCAUCUGGACACAAAGGGACUCAAUUAUUUCAUACUAAUAAGGAGAAUGAUGCUUCUGUUGCCAGUAAAGGUGCUGGAGGAGAAACAUUUGAUUCAAUUGGUGUAGAAGUUGAACUAGUUAAUAAUGUGAGAACUGCUGUUGUGGUUGGUGAGGCUGUGGAAUCCGUGAUGGCUUCUGAUGAAGAUGAUUUGGAAAAUCAAGGAACCCAGGGUGAAGGGAAUUCGAAAAAGAUGCUCCAAUAUCCUGGUUCAAGGUCUCCUGAUGUGGAUGCUGAAGUUGGGGUAUCUGAGGUAAGCCCUGUUUCGGAGUUUUAUGUAAACACUGAUUCUGUUUGUACUGAUAUCUCAAUUACUGGAAAAGUUGAAACAAUGAAUAAUGUAAGUAGUGAUGUCAAACUAGAAGUGGAUGCUAAUCCAGAGGUGGUGCAUCUAUCAUUUAGCAAUGUUGUUCCUGGCAGUGAUUCUUGUCCAAUGGAUGUUGAAGAGCUGCAAGACACUAAUUUGUCUAUGGAGCAAGGGAGCAUGGAUAACAUAAAUGGUCUGAAAGAUCUAGGCGCAAUCAAAACAUUAAAUUUAAGGAAGAAGUCUGGUGAUGAUCCCAUGGUGGAAAAUGCAUCUGAGAAUAAACAUAUUGAUCCCAAGUCAGGGACCGAGAAAAGUGAAUAUACAGUGCAAACAACAGGACAGGUUUCAGGUCCAGAUGUUGCCAGGAAUCAUGUAACUGCAUACAACAAGGACGUUUCUGUCGCAAACAAAAGUGAACAAGCUGUGCUAUCUGAAAAAAGGAAAGCCCAUGGUGAUGAAGCAGUUGUUGGCAAAGUUGCUGCCAAGAGGCAGCGGAGGUGGAACUCAGAAAGUAUUGAAAUCCCACAGAAUCUGAGUGGAACCACUAUUGCUUCUACUACACCUAAAAAUGCAUUUCAGACUGCUUUCACCCGCAGUUCAUCUAUGCCUAAAUCAAUGGCUAGUGAAGAACCAACUAAGGAACGUGUGGUUCCACCAUCGCCAAAACCUGCUACGAAUUCUCUCAGAAUUGAUCGUUUCGUGCGGCCUUUUACCCUGAAAGCUGUGCAAGACCUACUUGGUAAAAGUGGUACUGUUACAAAUUUCUGGAUGGACAGCAUAAAAACUCACUGCUAUGUGUCGUAUUCAUCUGUUGAAGAAGCGAAUGCUACUAGAAAUGCUUUGUACGACUUGCAGUGGCCUACAAAUGGUGGUCGCCAUCUUGUAGCUGAGUUUGUAGACCCUCUUGAAGUUAUAGUGCACGUGGAAGGCCCACCUAAACCUUCGGUAACUCCAACAGUAAUCACUGGAUGCACUGGAGGAUCUUCUUCCUUAUCUGCUGCGCAACCACUCAUGCAAGCACAGCCUCCUUUGAGGCAACAGAUUCAGAAAAAGCAGCAGCUCCAACCACUCCCUCCUCCUCCUCCUCUGCCACCCCAGUCUCUUCCACCACCACCAUCUCUUCCAUUACCACUAUCUCUCCCACCACCACCUUCUCUACCACCACCCCCACCAUUGUUCAAGCACCCCUCAAGCAAAGAGCGGUAUCCUGUUCAACAACUGCCACCGCUUCCACCACCACCGCCGCUUGUUGAGAAAGUUGAGCCUCCCCCAAGUGUGACAUUGGACGAUCUUUUUAGGAAGACGAAAGCAACACCUCGUAUUUACUACCUGCCAUUGACUGAUGAACAAGUCGAAGCAAAGCGCAAGGCGGCGGCAGGACCAGGGAAGGAUGAUGAUACUAUGCAGUAGGGAUUAGGCUUCUUACUACUCAAAUCACAUGCCAAAAAAAGCUCAUCCUCUUCUAUUUCUAAAUGGAUUGGUCAAUACUACACCCGUAAGAUGAUAAUGGUAAGACAUUGUCAUAUAAUUGAAUCUUUGCAGGUAUGUGCAGGUCUUGCAUGUAGGAUUCCAGGAGACGCUGGUUCGAUGUGGGUUUCCGAAGACAUUUUUGGGUUUGAAAAUGAAUUUUGGUUAUUUUGUAUUCCCAGUGGAUCAUCCUUGUCUUGUGUAUCUAGCUGCUUCUCAUUUGAACUAAGCAGAUUUCGCUGUUUGAGAUUCCGCUGGUUAGAAUUUGAUAUCUUGGUGAACCAGAGUUCUUUAUCCCCUGUUCCUCUCAUUCAACCUUGCAUGUAGUUCAGGAUUUACUACUUGUUUUUAGUGUGGACAUAGUUCCUUGUUUUCCAUCUUAUCUUAGUUAUUAACAGUGUUCUAAAUA